AUGAGGGAGGCUGCUCCAGGGGCCCUUCCCUGCUUCUCACCACCUCUCUCUGUGUCCCAGGUUGUCCGUAGUCGCCUGGAGAAGAAAGGAAUCCAGGUCCACAAUGUCAGGCUGAACGGCUCAGCAGCCAGUCACGUCCUGCACCAGGACAGUGGCUUGGGUUACAAAGACCUGGACCUCAUCUUUGGGGUUGACCUGAAGACUGAAGAUGUUUUCCAGCUGGUGAAAGACGUGGUGAUGGAUUGCCUGCUGGAUUUCCUCCCCGAAGGGGUCAACAAAGACAAGAUCACCCCCAUGACUCUGAAGGAGGCCUACGUGCAGAAGCUGGUGAAGGUUUGCAACGAGACCGACCGCUGGAGCCUCAUCUCCCUCUCCAACAACAGUGGGAAGAACGUGGAGCUCAAAUUCGUGGACUCCCUCCGGAGGCAGUUUGAGUUCAGCGUGGACUCCUUCCAGAUCAUCCUGGAUUCCCUUCUGCUCUUUGGGGAGUGUUCAGAGAACCCGAUGGCUGAGAACUUCCACCCCAGUGUCACCGGGGAGAGCAUGUACGGGGACUUUGAGGAGGCCAUGGAGCACCUGAGGAACAGGGUGAUUGCCACCAGGAACCCCGAGGAGAUCCGUGGGGGGGGGCUCCUGAAGUACUGCAACCUCUUGGUGAGGGGCUUUAAGCCCAAGUCAGAAGUGGAUAUGAAGGCACUCCAGAGGUACAUGUGCUCCAGGUUCUUCAUAGACUUCUCAGACAUCGGGGAGCAGCAGAGGAAGCUGGAGUGUUACCUCCAGAGCCACUUUGUGGGGAUGGAGAGCAAAAGAUAUGACUAUUUGAUGACCCUCCACAGGGUGGUCAAUGAGAGUACAGUCUGCCUGAUGGGACAUGAGAGGAGACAGACCCUGAACCUCAUUGCCAUGCUGGCUGUGAGGGUCCUGGCUGAGCAGAACAUCAUCCCCACUGUCACAAACGUGACCUGUUUCUACCAACCAGCUCCUUAUGUCAGUGAGAUCAACUUCAACUACUACAUCACCCACGUGCAGCCCUUCCUGCCUUGCAAUCAGUCCUACCCAACGUGGCUUCCCUGUAACUGA